GAUAAGGUACUGAAGCUCCUGGGGUAUUGAGAAGACGUAGCAUGGGACGACAUCUCCAAUCUUCAUUCCCCACCCGUAACCGGAGCCCCACCUUUACAUCUUAUCGGAGCUGCGCAUCUGAUUUGUCAAUCAAGCUCACCGCGGCAGGCACCGCCAGGAAUUUUUUCGCGCCCAACACCGGAAAAUCAGAAGGUCGAACCAGACCUGGGUUGAACCCGCGGACGGAUUCAACCCGAUUCUCACCCGAUAAACUUCCCACCAAUAUGUCCGCUCCUGCUGGUGGAAGCUCGCAGGAUGCGGUAGUUCCCAGCAGCCAGAGGUCUGAGAAAAAGCACAAACGAACAAAAUCAGAGCACAAGAAGAAGCGAGCGCGGGAAGAAGACGAGGCGGCCGUUGUACAGGAGACCCCUAGGAAAUCGAAGAAGAUGAAGAGCGAGAAUGCCGGCGAUGAUGAUCACGUUGCUCCCUCCCAGCAGUCUCUUACUGCACCCGACAAACCAGCGAAGAAGAAGAAGCACAGAAAGCAUGAGGAGACCGAGGAUGCACAAAAUGGGAUAGACACAGCCGCGGCCACGGGGGAUUCCAGGAAGAAGCGCAAGAAAAAGAGCAAGCACGCACAAGAGGUCGAGCAAUAUGUGGCGGAAGCCAUGGAAGUCGAUCCCCCGGAAGCGACACCGACAGAAGAGCACCACAAGUCAGAGAAGAAGCGCAAGGAAAAAAAGUCAAAGAAAGGCAAGGUGGACGGAGAUGGGCACAUGAAUGAAGAGCCUCGGGAGCCAGAUACGGGUGUGCAUGAGAAAAAGAAGCGGAAGAGCAAAGAGAAGAUCAAGGAGGUCUCAAGCGCAGGUAUAGCAACCGAGUCCCAAGAGAGCCAAGCAACGGAUGCAUUAUUCGCUGAGCCUUUGAGCGCCGAGUUUCCAUUCUUCACUCAGACCAUCUCUCUCUACGUUCCGUUCUUCCCGGUCGGUUUCGACAAACCUCUCACCAACGUCGCUGCCCAACACCUGGAUCCCUUGUUAAACCACUAUUCACCCACGCUACGCGGCGUCCUCCUCAGCUAUUCCAACCUCAACCUUUCAGACCGACCUGCCAAGGCCAGCAUCACACAUCCCCCAACAGACCAGACGCCGGCAUUAAUGCACUCGGUGGGCGAAUAUGCGGUGGGAUUCGGUUGGCUCACAUUCGACGCCCAACUCUUCGUCCCAGCUCGGGGGAAGUGGAUGGAGGGCGUGGUGCAGCUCCAGAACGAAGGUCACAUUGGUGUGGUGUGUUGGAACAAGUUCAAUGCCAGCAUCGAGGCAAAACGUUUGCCGGAGGGAUGGAAGUGGGUGGACUUGACCAAGAGCGGGACGAAGCCAGACGCCUCCCCAGCCUCUGACGAGGACGGGCCAGAUAAGCAGGACCAGGAAUCGGACAUGCUGGACGGGGAGGAGCUCCAGGUCGUAGAACAGAUUCACACAACAGGCUACUGGGUCAACGAGCGCGGGCGAAAGGUGAGCGGCAAGCUGCGGUUCCGCAUAAAGAACUUCGACGUCGGCCUGGCCGGCGACUACGGCUACCUCAGUAUCGAGGGAACCUGCCUCGACGACGAGGCGGAGCGGGCCUUGGCGGCUCGAGAACGCGAAGCGGAGCGGGCGCGGCGUGCGAAGCAGAACCCCGCCGGCCUCCUCCGGCCGUUGUCGAGACGCGUGCCGGAGUUCAGCAUGACACGGUUCGGGAAGGAGGACGAGGAAGAGGAUGGCGGGCAACGAACGGUCCUGUACAAGGGCAGUCGCCCUGGCACGCCCGACGAUUAGGUGUGGUCUGGCCUGACACGCCAAUUCUCCUCGCCGCCUUCUUCCACUCGGAGCGCGGCACGGAGUCCCGGGUUUUGUUGAGUUGCGUUGUGUGGUCUGGACUUUUUUGGGGUCGGAGUCGGGAAAUUCGCUGUAUUGCCGGUGCAGAAGGCGCAUGGUUGUAACCAGUUGUUGUGUAUAGAUGACUGCUGUUGUGUUAUUCAGCGGUUAGAGGGUUGUGGUCAUACCGAUCGUGCGCGGACUGGGCAGCAAACUGCUCGGGUUGACAAUCUACUGUGGUCACGUCUACU